AAUCCGAUACGGCGGUGGUCGUAUCGGCACAGUCGGAUUCGGAACAGGAUGGUUCAGAGACAGCCACUGUAUCAUCACUCGUGUCAUCGCCUAGAGUUCAGAUGUUAGUUUAUAUCUUUAUAUUGUAUGAGUGUAAUUGUGGGUGGAAUUUACCGCAUGAGGUCGCGACCCAACAACAGGAGCAGCCCGAGUCCGUGCAGGAUAGCGAGCCGUUUGGGCAGCAGAAAGGGGCAGAGGACGAGUCCAACCAGCAACUCUGUCCUCCUGGGCAGCAGAAAGGGGCAGAGGACGAGUCCAACCAGCAACUCUGUCCUCCUGGGCAGCAGAAAUCUAUGUUGCAACAAGACAGGUCUGAUUACUCGUUAGCUAAUGUUAAACGAGAUGUCUUUGAGAAUAGGAUAGGAGGUGGAGGUGAAGUUGCUGAGAUAGCCGCUAUAGAGCUCGUGGAGUUGUCCCCAUCACCAAUCAACAUGGCCAGGGACGUAAGAGCGCGGCAUAGAAGCGCUAGGCACAGGACAAGGUCGGGCCGAAAGUUUGGCAGCAUGGAUGGAGCUAAUAGUGUCGUGUCAAGUCUUUCUAGCGAAUUCUCUGCAUUAAUUGUCGAGAAGGGGGACUCAGAAGUUGAAGUUGAAGAGUCGUUCCAAGCAUGGAAGUUGCGUGUGCCCA